UCGAACGCGCUACUAAAAAAACAUGGAGGCAAGUGAUGAGAAAGUUUCGAAAAUGCGCCGAGUUUAUCUCGACUACAAUGCCACCACACCGCUGGAGGGGGAAGUUUUAGAGACUAUUCAGGAUGCCUUGGAAACAGCGUGGGGGAAUCCGAGUAGUGCUUAUGAGGAAGGGAAAAAGGCGAAGUUACUUAUUCAAGAUGCUAGAAGCCAUGUUGCAGAUAUGGUUGGAGGGAGGGAUACAGAUAUCAUCUUUACAUCUGGGGGGACAGAGGCCAAUAAUUUAGUUAUCCACUCUGCCUUAAAAAACUUCUGGGGGCACCACGUUUAUGCCGAUGGCAGCAGAUGUUCUGUUUCCCCUCACAUCAUCACCUCCAACCUGGAGCACGACUCGGUGAAAUUGGUCCUGGAGAAAUUGAAGGAGGAAGGAAAGAUAGAAUUAUCAGUUGUGCAGGCUUCAAAACUAACUGGUCGUGUUGUGGUUGAGGACGUGAUAAGUCACAUACGCCAGGCACCAGAUGUCUCCACUUGUCUGAUCACCAUUAUGUCGGCGAAUAAUGAAACUGGAAUCAUACAGCCCAUUGCAGAAAUUUGUGAAAGAGUGCGAUCUAUGAAAAGACAAAAAAAUGCACCUACUCGAAUUUUUCUACAUACGGAUGCAGCACAAUCUCUUGGCAAGAUACCAGUAGACGUGGACGUUUUAGGCGUCGAUUAUUUGACAAUAGUUGGCCACAAGUUUUAUGGACCAAGGAUUGGUGCUCUCUAUGUAAGGGGCCCGGCCACGGAGACACCUCUACACCCCAUGUUCUUUGGUGGCGGUCAGGAGAGAAACUUUAGGCCGGGGACGGAGAACACUGGCAUGAUUGCGGGAUUAGGAAAGGCUGCUCAACUGGUUGUAAAAAAUCUUGAUACAUAUUCCUCACGCAUGGAAACGAUAAGGGAUUACCUGGAGGAAAGGUUACAGAAAACCUUUGGUGCUAUGGUACACUUCAAUGGGAAAUUCGAAGGAAGUUCGAGACUGCCGAAUACGUGUAACGUUUCGUUAUUAGGAUGUAAUUUAAAAGGUGGCACUGUUCUAGCAAACGUACGUAAUUUGCAAGCAAGUGUGGGAUCUGCGUGUCAUGCUCAGGACCAGCCAUCUCACAUCCUUCUGGCCAUUGGAAUUCCGAGAGAAAUUGCAUCGAACGCUCUCCGAUUGAGUGUUGGGAGGUACACAACAAAGGAGGACAUUGACCUUAUCAUCACAGACUUGAAACAGACUGUAACCAGGUUGGAAAAGAAACGAAUAGAAUAGUAUGGUUAAUUGCCAAAAAAGACAUUUCUUUAACUUGAAAAUGUUGGAUUACCAACAGAAUUGGAAUCUUAUUAUUAUUCUUCAGCUGAUGCAUUCAUAUCAUAUCAUUACCGGAAAAUAAGUGGCAAUACAGUUUCAGGUCAUUGAUUUUUAUUUUAUUUCUCAGAGAAAACAGCUUUUGGUUUUAUGUAUGGUUUAAGGAAUAAACCUCAAUACAAAGAGUUAAA